CCGUCUUUCUUUCUUGCCUUCUCGUGGGCCAAGAUGGCGGCGUCCGGAGGGCCCUCCUCAGAGGCGGCGUCUUCUUCGGCGGCUUUUCUGGGCUUCGGCCCCAACUCGCGGGACCCGAACCGGCUCCCUUCGGCGCGGGCGGGCGGCAAAGGGCCCAGGAACCGCAAGAAGGGCUGGAAGCGAUGGCGGGGCCCCGAGGCCAAGUUGGGCCGGCAGCUGGGCGAGUGGCUGGAGGAGAACGCGGCCGAGCUGCGUCAGUUGGGAGGGCCUGUGUCAGAGAAACCAAACGAGAGUCUGUUCUUUGUAGACGUUGGCAGUGAAGCAAAAGUUCAAAAGCAGAAACAUACCAAACAUAAACCUUUGAAGAUUGACUUGAUCCUGCAGCCAGAUUCCAAAGUGCCUCCACCCAAAGAUAUCCUUUCCCACCAGGUCCCCAAUGCCAAGAAGCUGAGGAAAAGGCAGCAGCUUUGGGAGAAACUGGCAGAGAAAGGGCAGCUCCCCCGGAAAGAGCGCCUCCUUCAGGAGAGGCUGCAGAAAGGCCCCGCACCAAAAGCCCAACCUGAGGAAGCUGGCCGAGGCACCAAUCCCUCCAGGGGGUUUUAUGAUAUUUGGUCAGAGUCAAAUCCACUGGACCAAGCCCUGGCUGGGAAGGAUACGUGGUUUUUAGAACAGACCAAAAAACAGCCAGUCAGGCGGCCAGAGAGGAUGAAGAAGAAGCCAUCAAACUUGCCAGCUGUGGAGGUCAUUGCACCAGGAGGGUCUUACAACCCCAGUUUCCAAUCUCACCAGGCGCUGCUGCUUCAGGCCCACGAAGUUGAAGUGAAGAGACAGAAGGCAGAGGAUAAACUGGAGCGUCAGCUGAGUUUUCCCACAGCGGCUGAGGCCCCCACUCAGGAAACAGUUUUCCAGGAACAAUGCGAGGGACUCUUGGAAGAGGAAUCGGACAACGAGGAGAGACAGGAGGGCCCCUCAAAGCCCCAAGAGGAGGGCCUGCCAGAAGACUCUGCCUCUGUUUCUCAAUUUCCCAGAAUGGCAGCAGGAGAAAAGAAGACAGAACGGCAGCGGAAGAAGGAGAAGGAGGCCAAACGCCGGAAAGCCCGUGAAGUGGGUGAGAAGAUGGCACGGCUCCGGCGGCAAAAUCUCUUCCAGCUGCGUUCCAUCCGACUGCAAGUGAAGCAGUGGGAGGCUGAGCUACUGCGCCGGAAGCAACUGCGGAAGGCCAAGCGGGAGGCAGAAGCCAACAAACCCAAGCGGCUUGGCAGACUGAAGUAUGAAGAUGCUGACUUGGAUGUGCAGUUGAGAACUGAACUAGCAGACUCUUUGAGGAGGCUGAAGCCGGAAGGCAGUAUCCUAAAAGACCGCUUCAAGAGCCUCCAGAAACGCAAUCUCAUAGAGCCCAGACAGCGUGCAAAAUUCAAAAGGAAAUACCGUGUUAAAUAUGUCGAAAAACGUGCCUUUCGGGAGAUCACAUUAUAGAACAUGGAUUGCACCAAAAGAACCCAUCCCGCCCCCUCAUGUUUCAUUAAAACUCCAUAAACACGUUCAA